AUGUUGUGUUUCAGUGAAAUCUUGCGCGUGGUCGAUUCAUUACAGCUUACAAAGUACAAAAAAGUAGCGACGCCGGUGGAUUGGAAGGAGGGAGAUCCUUGCGUGGUUGAGCCACAGUUGGACGAUAAAGAGGCGAAGACAUUAUUUGGCGAUAACAUCAAAACAAUUGAAUUGCCUUCUGGGAAACGUUACCUGCGUAUGGUCGCGCAACCAAAAUAA